AUGCCAUUCGACUCCAAAGGUGAUAAAUGGUCGUGCGAAUCCUGUAUUCGAGGCCACCGCUCGUCCAAAUGCGCACACUACGACCGACCGAUGAAGAGAAUCCCAAAGGCUGGACGUCCGCUGGCAAAGUGUUCGCACCUCAAUGGCGUUGAUUGCAGUUGUCGGGAGAUUUGGGCGGUUAUGGUUCCGCUUGCUCCAGGAUCGACGGUUUGCAGACCAGAAUUUGAGAAUCAGUCGCUAGAGCAGCAGCAGGUCGAUCAUGUUUAUGCUGAGGGUGGGUGA